AUGGAUGACUCGCUGAUGGACACGGAUAGAACACAGACUGGUGAACUUGUCAGUAGUGGCCUCAAUAAUUCAUCAAAUAAUUUUCUUGCAUCAGUACGUAUUCAUCCAGUUUCUGAUAUAUUUGAUCCUAAAAAAUCCUAUGUCGGUUUGAUUUCUUAUUCAACUGGUGACAUCUAUAUAAAACAAUCCGAUUGGAUUUUAAAAAAUAUUCCACAAAGGAAAGGACGACGUAGUCAAUAUAUUCAUGGUCGUUUAUUUUAUUCGAUUUUUGGAUAUUGGAAACCGAGAAAUACAACAUUUAUUGGUUGUGGAUUUUCUUAUUUUAACGGCGCAUGGAACUUUAAGUCUGGUACGUUGAAUGAAACAGAUCAAGAAUUAGAUGAAUUUAAAAGAAAACGUUUACAAUUAAUACUUGAUACUCUCUAUGUAAAUCAUCGUUGGCUAGAGAUGCCUAUGGAAAUUCGUAUCAAUUACGAAAACUUGGCAACCAUGAUGGAAGAAAACAAAAAUUACGUAUCUAGAGCUGAUCCUUCAAAAAUAGAUUCGAAACGAAAGCUUCACGGUUGUUUGAAAUGGUUGAACGAUGAAAAACGACGUCUUGGAUUUAUCGAGUGUGUUGGUCUUGAUAGAGACCUUUAUGUUCAUGCUUCAAAUAUUCUAAACUGCAGCUCGCCAGUUUUUUGUACCAGUAAAAAUGUUGAAUUUAAUAUUGUCGAAGGAUCUCAUGGAUGGAAAGCAGAAAAUAUAACUGUCAUUUGGCCUUAG